UUAGUUCGGAAGAAAACGCGACUGGUGUUCGUUCGGGGCGCGUAGUGCGUUUCUGAGCCCAUGAGGGAGAGCGAGCGAAGCCAGAGGAAUGACUCGCCCUUCUGUAAAACUCCUCACAACUUUACUCGCAUGCUUGAUAGAAAUGCACAACUUCAGGAGAACGGCAGGAAAAGAGUAUGAGGGAAUGUCUGGACGUGAAUCUUCAUCAUCGAUGUCUCCCUCAGAUUUCCUGGACAAACUGAUGGGCAGAACGUCAGGCUACGACGCACGGAUAAGACCCAACUUUAAAGGUCCUCCUGUGAACGUCACGUGCAAUAUAUUCAUCAACAGCUUCGGCUCAGUGGCAGAGACCACUAUGGACUACAGGGUGAACAUCUUCCUGCGGCAGAAGUGGAACGACCCUCGGCUGGCCUACAGCGAGUAUCCCGACUCCUCUCUGGAUCUGGACCCGUCCAUGCUGGACUCCAUCUGGAAACCAGACCUGUUCUUCGCCAACGAGAAGGGAGCCAACUUCCACGACGUCACGACGGAUAACAAGCUCCUGAGGAUCUUCAAGGAUGGCACCGUCCUCUACAGCAUCAGGCUGACGUUAAUAUUGUCCUGUCCGAUGGAUCUGAAGAACUUCCCGAUGGAUGUACAGACCUGCACCAUGCAGCUGGAGAGCUUCGGCUACACGAUGAACGACCUGAUCUUCGAGUGGCUUGAGAAAGGUCCGGUGCAGGUCGCCGAGGGUCUGACGUUACCGCAGUUCAUCAUCCGAGACGAGAAGGAGCUCGGCUUCUGCACCAAACACUACAACACAGGUCAGAGCACCACACCUAAAAAUCCUCUUUACUGUUCCACUGAAGAAACACCCCCACCUACGUCUAGUUUUUCUGAAGCUGUAGAGGUUUCUUAUGUGAAGGCUAUAGACGUCUGGAUGGCGGUGUGUUUGCUGUUCGUCUUCGCCGCUCUGCUGGAAUACGCCGGUGUCAACUUCGUCUCCAGACAGCAGAAGGAGUUUCUGCGGCUCAGACGAAGACAAAGACGAAAUCAAAAGGAAUUACAGGACGGCCGUCUGCAUCUCUCCGGAUAUAACACCUGCGUGAAGGACACGGACCUGAGCCGGAAGAAGUUUGUGGACCGAGCGAAGAGGAUCGACACCGUCUCGCGCGCCGCCUUCCCGCUGGCCUUCCUCAUCUUCAACAUCUUCUACUGGAUCACCUACAAGAUCAUCCGACACGAGAAGCCCUGAACACUGUCCCGGCAGCAUCUCCAUAUCUGACCAGCUUUUUAUGGAAGACGCUGUUUUAUACAAUUGUCUUUUG